UAAAAAUCAAACCGUUGUCAUAAUAACAAAUAUUAUUUGUAAAAAAAACAGGAAAGGAAGUCAAACGCUAUACAAUAAAUAUACAAUUUAUAUUUUAUGGAGGAAGAAGAAGCCGAUGAUUCAGAAUUCUACCGCCACCUCAAGCAGCAAUUAUUCAUCGAAGGAGACUUAGAAGGGGCCGAUGGCUCGGAGACUUUGCCAACCUCCACCACAGAGACGUCCGAAUUCGAUGCGGACGCUGAGGGCGAGACCUCAACUGACGAUUACAUUUGCACCUGCCCGUGGCUCGAUGAGAUCGCGCGGGAACCGUCUGAGAGCGAGGGCGGCGGUACCAUUGCGUCGCCGACGCCGUCGGAUCUUCUCUAUGAUGAACUUGUCCAUCGUAAUUACGUGUGUACGGACAUCGAGGGGCCGUCAAGUGAUGAUUCGCGUCUUACACCCGACCGUGUAGGUGGCGGGAUUAACUAUAUGGUGCCAUUUAAAAUAAGAUGGAGUUUCGGUUUUGCAAUCAAAUCAAUGUUGAUCAACUUAACGCGUGUUGAUCGUAAAGAGUUUUACAUUGCCACAGCGCAUAAAGGGAAUAUAUUUAAUUAUGAAACAAAUUCAAUGCGAUAUGUACAUGGCCAUAUUAAACCUGUAAAGGCAGUAUCUGUAGAUCGAACUGGAACAUGGUUAGUCACCGGGGGAUAUGGUGAAAAUAGUAAAGUAAUCGUCACUGACACUAUAAAAUGCAAACAGUUGCUAAUUUUAAACAAUCCACCUGGUGAUUUAGGCUCGUUACUUUUGGGCAUGGCUCCAGACGCACGCUACUUUUUUUCAGUGCAUUAUCCUGAAGCGCCCGUAAUAAAAAUAUGGAAGUGGACAUACGGAGCAGAUAAACCAGAUUCUGAGUAUCGCAUAACAAAAACGCACAUUGGUAAACCCUGUCGAAUCGUUUUUCAUCCGAAUGAUCAAAACUUUUUCAUGAUUGCAUUCGAAAAGAUAAUCAUGUUAGCUCAUUGGAAUGGCGAUGACAAUCAAGUUGAAGAUGUAGUUUAUGUGAAUGCAACGCGUAAAAUGGGAAUAAUGACCGAUUGUGAGAUGGCCAUGAAUCGACAUGAAGUGUACGCAUGUACUAGUACCGGAUAUAUUGCUAUUUUCGGCAAUGUGCUCUUCACCGAAAAUAUUCGUGAGCAUCCCUUGAAUACGAAUAAAAUGUAUGUAAAGAAAAUUAAAGUUACACGAACCAGUAUCAAGACAAUGCGCUGUCCCGAUAAUGUUAUUUGUAUAUUAGACGAAAAUGGCAUACUGAAGUUUUUAGAUACAAAUAUUCUACUUCUUUACUGGAUAGAAAGUGAAUUGCCGACUAUUCAAGUGAUUAGUUUUAGUCUCGAGCAUAUUAAAAGUGUCAAGAGUAAAAUGGAUAUGAAACUUGCGGCAUCACCAAGCAAUCAGCAACCAUUUACCGAUGAAGAUGCUGAAGAAGAAGAUCGAUCUUUGGAUUACGAAAUGUUAUUGAAAAAAGGAGUGCGUUCGCGGGCGUCGCUUUUACAGCGACCUUUUAUCGUACGCGAUUUUAUAGUCGGUUGUAAAGAUGGGCGCAUUUUUCACGUUGAUAUCGUGAAGGAUAUUUAUCAGCCAUACUUUUCGAUUGCCGAUUCAGCUGUUGCAUCAUUAUCUGUUUCAACAGUUCGAUCAUUACUCUAUGUUGCGUAUCAAAGUGGACGUGUUACUAUCUUUGAUUAUGAUUCGUUGCAAUGUGUCAUUACAUCUACGGCACUCGUGCAGAAACCGCGCCGGCGGCGAAUAAAUGUACACGAAGAGGAAGAAAUCACGGUUUUGAAUAGUUUUAUACUUAUAUCAAAUAUGGAUAUUCACUUGGUUGUCGCUAGAACAAACGGUGCUCUUAUUUUUUUGAGUCCUGAUUUGAGGCCAAUCCGAGAACAACGAUACAAGUUUACGACUACAAACAUUGAACGCAUGGCUUUUUCAGAAAACAAUCAAUUUUUAGCAUUUUGUGAUUCUGGUAAAACAAUGAAUGUGCUUCGUUAUUACGAAGAAUCCUGGUACAUGUACAUGAAGUUUCGAGGGCAUACCGAACCGAUUACCGAUAUUUUGUUUUUGCAUUUUGAAAAUCCGAGAUUGUAUACUAUCGGGGAAGAUCGCUAUAUAGUGGAAUAUAGUUUAGAAGAAGAAGACAAGGAAAUGCCAUUGAAAAACCGUACGAAAAUUGAAGAUACUGCUAUUCCUUUAUGCUUCCUUUACUAUCCAUCGCCGCCAAACGACGAGAAAUAUUUUUUCGUGGCAAAUAGCGAGUACAAAUUUAAAUUAAUCCAUGAAAAAACUAUGAAAUGUCGAUCGUUAACGGUUGGCCCACAUCAUGGGUGCUACGAAACCCCAGUGUCACGAAUGAAAGUACUACCAAAUAGCAACGGAAAGUUUAUCAUCUUUCAAAACAGCACCCACAUGGGCAUAUUAAAAACCCCAUCAGAUGGUAAUCCGUACAAACACAUUGGCAUACUUGCUAAUCCCAAGUUGGGAACGAUCGGUAUAUGCAAUCAAGGAAAGUACGUGUUCACAUAUGCAAAGGGCGAGGGCGGCAUAUUGGUUUGGAAUGUCAACACAACGUCAUUGGACACUUUACAUUAUAUGGGUGGACCAGAGUUAGAACCGUAUCAUGUCCUGAUAGAAGGAGGAGCAAACGGGUGGUUCUUCAAAGAGAUUGAGGAUCUCUUCUGUUACAUACAGAUUCUGCAUCAAGAAGAUGCUUACGCAUCGCAGGCGUUCGGCGAUCGCAUUUUUAUUGAUGAUCUGCCUGAUUUAAUACGCGCAUGUGGAUUUUAUCCAAGCGAAUAUGAAGUAGAACAACUUAUUUAUGAAAUCCAAUAUAAAGACUAUGAGAAAACAGGCGAAUUGCGAGAUUCCAUCAGUUUCAUUGAAUUUGUAAAAUUAUUCCUCAAUCAUCGUCCAGCUUCUGGCGUCUCCACCGAGGAGUUGGAACAUCAUUUCAAUAUUCUACUAAAUGGUAAAGAUGAAUUAUCUCCACACGAGUUUGCCAAAAAGAUGUGUAAACUAGGGGAACCAUUUACACCUGAAUCACUCACCACAUGUCUGGACAAUCUAAUGUCAAACGAAGAUAUGACAUAUGAUGAAGAUAUUUUAGACCAAUUGCAGCCAAUCAACUUUGAAUACUUCACAAAAACAAUGCUUGGAAUUCUUCAAGAAUCGGCCUACACCGAAGCGCAGGAACGAGCUAUACGAGAAGAUUCAGAAAAUGAUUUAAGCUAGUCUAUAGUAUAUUUGGUUGCGUACAUCAAUGAAUAACUAAAUUCUAGGUUAUUUUAUAUCAACUGUACCCACAAAUGAUCAUUCUUUCCUUGUAUUUCACACAAAUUACUACAUUUUCGAUAUCAAACUUACAUUAUAUCAAUUAUCAAACAAA